UUUGCGGGCGGAGAUUAGCCAGUCCUCAUCUCUGCUCGUCUCAAUCACUCCCUGCUUGGUAUUCCUGGUUCUGAUCCCGCGGUGCACCGAGCUAGCCAUGCAAGCGAUCCGGGCGCCCACCAUCAGCGUGAGUGCAGACUGUAGCAUCCCGGCCGGCCUUCGGAUGGGACCAUUGCCGGGCACCUGCACACUGGGGAGGUACAUGUCGGACCGCAGAGAGCCCGGCCUAAAGAAGAAGAUUCGUCUUCUAAGGGGGGAUUUUGUGGACGAAGCUGGCGGUCCAGUGUCUGACUGGAUAGGGCUUAUCCGCUCAGCCAGAAACGGUCAAGAACAGAACCUUGAGGCGAUCUCAGACUUACCCGGGGGUCAGAUCUUCUACCGCGUGCUGAGAGACGUCCAGCCUGGAGAGGAGCUGAGCGUCUGGUACUCCAACUCAUUGGCCCAAUGGUUCGACAUCCCCACUACCGCCACACCAACACAUGAUGAAAAAGGCGAGGAACGGUACAUCUGCUGGUACUGUUGGAGAAUUUUCAAAUAUCCCAAUACACUCAAAGCACACGUCCACUUCCAAUGCGCUUUAAGUAACGGACGGAGCUUCGUAAACGGCGAGCAGGCUAGGAGCUCGGAAAACUUCAGUAGGUCCCCUAAAUCCGGGGAUACUCCAAAUGCUACAGCGUCGCCAAGGAACGGCCAAAGCACUUCUGGUCCCGACUCUAUCAGGCGGACCGCGUCUUCCUCGCCCUUUCUGAACAAGGCUGGGAUGUCGAAGAAAUCGAGUUCGGAAGAGCAGGACAGGGCCCUCGACAUGAGCGUGACUUCGGGUCGGAAUCCUGGCCAUCUUUUGGGUCUCAGUGGAACUUCCUCAAUGUUAAACAACAUGGGAUUUCAUCCAGGUGUGCGGUCGGCUUUCAAACCCACGGGACUGUCCAAAAUUACUUCCACAGAGGGACCACGAGAGGAGCCUAACGUUAAACCAAAUGGACUAGGAUUCAGUAAACUUUUAGGGAAUAUGAAAUCCACGCGCACUUUGAACGAACCUUUGACUGGAAGCCACCCUUCCAAGUGCGCCCAUCCAAUUGAAUCUUCACCGUCGAUGGUGUCCUGCACUAAUGCCAUCCGAGGGUUUCCUUUACUACCUCACUUCGAGGAAACCUCUGCUUUCAAACACGUGGAGAGCCGCCUGCACUCAGGGCUCUCCCCCUCACGCUACUCUCAGAUCUCCUCCGGAUUCCAUUUCGAGCGCUUCUCCCUCCCCCAGUUUGACGGUGUUAAGCCAUACAGUGGAGACUGCAAUAUCCCUCUCAUGCCCUUUACGGUCUAUAACGGCGAAUUGCUCUACAGCUCACCUUACUACCCACUCAAAUUUCAUUUUAGCAACCUCCUGAAGUAUCCCGAGUCCAUGUCGUAUUUCGGUGCCCCGUCACUCAAUCCGGACCUGAGCUCCAUCCCAAACAUUGAUAGGGAGAUUGCCAUGCACGCGCAGCAACUAUCUGAGAUUGCGGUCGAGAAGAACCGAGCCAGACUCGAGUCCAUUCCCACCACCCCAUCAGGCUCGAGCAAGCCAAAAAAAGGGCACCUGUGUCUUUACUGUGGCAAACUGUACUCCAGGAAAUACGGCCUAAAGAUCCACAUGCGAACACAUACAGGGUACAAACCACUCAAAUGCAAAGUCUGCUUUCGUCCCUUCGGAGACCCAAGCAACCUCAACAAACACAUUCGCCUGCACGCGGAGGGGAACACGCCCUACAGGUGCGAGUUCUGCGGAAAGGUGCUGGUUCGUAGGAGAGACUUGGAAAGACACGUAAAAUCAAGGCAUCCGGGCCAAACUAUGAAAAAAACCGAUGACAAAACGGGCAGUAUUUUUCAGGACCAGGAACAAAGAAGUGACAAUGACAGUGAUGUUGACGUGUGCUUCACCGACGACCAGAGCGACCAGGAGUCCAGUAAAAAUAAUGACCAAUAAGGAAUUGUAUAUUUUAUUGUAUAUGAUUUAAUUAUGUUUAGAUUUAAGUAUAAUUUAUGUUUUCCAAUCAAGUAAAAAUACAAAAAUGCUUAUUAAUUAACCAAGUGGGUGGCAAAAACAGAGAAGUUGGAAAUUUGUCAAUGCAAAAUAAAUGUUUGUUCUUGAAUCACAA